GUAUCUAUCAAGUUACUAUACUUGGCUGCUGGAGCAGGGAUUGCUGCACAAAUGCAGGUCUCAUGCUGGACCAUCACAGGAGAAAGACAGGCUUCUAGAUUACAAGGCUUGUACUUUGAAACAUUGUUAAGACAAGAAAUUGGAUACUUUGACACUGAAAUGACAGUGGGACAAGCCCUUGGGAUGGCUUCAAGUGAUGCCAUAACCAUUCAAGAUGCAAUGAGUGCAGAGAUAGGAAAGUCUAUCCAAUACUUGUCAACCUUUCUUUGGUGGGUUUUUAAUUGCCUUUGCUGA